AUGGCAACCGUACAGGUCGUGAUCAUUGGAGCCGGGGUCGCUGGGCUCACCAUCGCCCACUCAUUACUUCAAGGGGUGCCGAGGAUCAAAGUUGUUCUCAUCAACCCAUCACAGUCAUUCUACUGGAAUGUUGCUUCUCCACGCAUCGUUGCCAAACCAGAUGCUUUUAGACACGAGCAAUAUUUGCUCCCGAUCAAGGAUGCAUUUGCCGUGUAUCCAUCGAGUGCAUUUGAGCUCUUGGUUGGGAUCGCAACCGCGAUCGACGUCGAGAAGAAAACAGUAGCGGUUGCACUCAAUGACAACGUCGGCACCCACGAUGUUCCUUUCGAUCACCUCGUUAUUGCGUCGGGAAGUACGAACUCGUCAUCGACGGGAGCCAUGACCGGAAGACCUAUACCUUUCAAGCCUACCAAUCGUGAUGAUAUUCGAGAAGUCAUCGAGAAUGCCCAGAAAGUGAUCGCCGGCGCGAAAGAAAUCGUGAUCGGUGGAGCUGGCCCUGUUGGUGUCGAACUGGCCGGCGAGCUAGCCGAAAGCUCGGCCAAUAAAGCGGCAAUCACCCUUAUCUCUUCUACCGACCAUGUGCUGCCCAUGCUCAAACCCUCAGCUAGCGCGAUGGCCGAGAAAAGGCUCCAACAAUUAGGAGUGAAAAUCCUCACAUCGGUCAAAGUGGGCGACGUCCAGCCGAUCACAGAGGACAAUUCGACAUGCAGCAUCGCGUUGAGCGAUGGCACGAUGCUGUCCGCUGAUCUUUUUAUUCCGACGACUGGAGCUAUUCCAAAUAACAGCUUCGUUCCCAAGGCGUUCCUCGACAACGAUGGCUGGGUCAAGGUGGAUGAAGAGCUACGAGUACGGUCGAUCGACGGUUCUUUCUUGCCAAUCUAUGCCGUCGGUGACAUCAACACGAACAACAUGCGGCUCAGUUUUAAAGCGACGGCUCAAGCCAAAGUUGCUGCCGCCAACCUUAUGGCUGACAUCCACGGCGAGCACAAGCGCAAGCAGUAUGAUCAAGGCAAGAAUCUCUUGAUGUUGGUGCCUGUAGGCAAGACGGGUGGAACAGGCCAAAUCUUUGGCUUUGUUCUCUUCAGCAUUCUGGUGAGAUUGACCAAGGGCAGGAGUUAUUUCAUUUCCAAGGCGUCUCAAUCGGUAGCUGGUAAAGCCUGA